UGUUCGCGUGUCAUAUGCCCUUCACUUUCGUUGCACCUAUUUUCUGUCAUGGAAGUUUCGCACGGAAGAGUUUAUUUUCUGAGACUUGAGAACUCUUCAUUGCGAGAGUGGAAAAUAAUUGCGAAUUUUCUUAGCACGAAAAUUGCCAUGUCAAUUACACGUCUUUUGUGAUUGGUUGCGGAGAAAGAAUACAGAAAACACGAUGGAUCAAUUCAGCCAGAUACCAUGCCGGGACUUUUCAACCCCCCCCUUAACUGGCCCAUGACCGUGAAUUUAACACCUGUGUCGGAGGCAACGACGCCUCGCCAUGCCUAGUCCAACGUCGGUCGCCGCCUCCAGAAGCGUCGGCAGACGUCGAGGUGAAAGUUUUCCAUUAAGAACUGGCAAUACGGUUGCAGCGGGUAGUUCCAACGCUCUUAUGUAUGCCGCCCAACAGGGCAAUGUUGAGAGGGUUCGAGACUUGAUACGCGAACAGCGUCCUCUUCUAUACGAAAGAGACAGAACCAAAAAAACUGCCUUGCACUACUGUUCCACUAGCAACAACAAAAGAUCAGCCCAAGUUGCGGAUUAUCUAGUCAUGGCAGCUCCAGAGCUCGUUGAAAGUAAGGAUGAAGAUGGUUUCACUCCCCUUCAUCUCGCUGUCAUCGCUGGUAACAUGCCAUUGGUAACCUUUCUUCUUGCCAACAAUGCCGACGUUAAUGCUGUUGAUAACGAGAAGCACACAGUUGUGCAUUGGGCCACUGUCUGCGGUGAAACAGAGGCGUUACGAUCUGUGAUUGCGGCAGGGGCUCCAGUAUCCACCCCAGAUGUCCACAGGGGCUACCCUCUGCAUUAUGCUGCCCAAAUGUGUGGUGGGAAUGAAAAGGACUCCUCCCUUGGAUUUCAAGUGCUAAAGACCCUGCUCACCACCAACGGUAUAGAUGUUAAAGUCGAAGAUGGCGAUGGAAGACAACCACUCCUCUGGGCGGCAAGUGCAGGAUCAGCAAAGGCUAUUUUGGCACUCAUUAGGGCUGGUAGUCCAGUAGAAGCUGCUGAUAAAGAUGGUUUAACAGCUUUACAUUGUGCAGCAUCAAGAGGACAUACCGACUGUAUCGACACACUACUAACGUUGUGUGGUGCAUCUUGUGACAUAAUAGAUAGUAAUGGAUGUACUGCACUUCACUACGCUGUUACGCUAGGUCAUGCAGAUGCGACUGCUCUUCUGUUAGCCCACGGUUCAGAUCCAAACAGACAAGAUAGAAAAGGAAGAAGCCCAGCUCACUGUGGAUGCUCGAAAGGUCAGUUUGAAACUGUGAAGAUGAUUGGUAUUCAUGGUGCCAACUUAUGGUUGAAGAAUGCUAGAGGAGAUCUACCACUCCACGAAGCUGCUGCCUCAGGAAGACGAGAUUUGGUUAAAUGGCUUCUCACCAUGAGACCAAGCCAAGUUAACGCUAGGAACAAUGAUGGAAGAUGUCCUCUCCAUUUGGCAGCUUUGAAUGAUAAUGCAGAUAUGUGCAAGAUCUUAUUGGAUUCGGGAGCUCAUAUCAACCCCGUUUUAAGGACUUCCAAAAACCUCUUCAUGACCCCACUUGACUGUGCUCUUCGUAGAGGGUUCAGAUCGACAGCUAAGUACCUCCAACUUCACGGUGGAAUACCAGCGUCUAGGUUGCACAGCGAACCUCAACAAAACGUCAACAGUGCCGUUAGUUUACAGAUAAGAGACGAUAUAACUUUUUGGGGGGACACCAGCUCUAAUAGUGAACGAGAGAACGGGGAGCUCAACAAGCACUUUGCAAAAAUUCAAAAGAAGAAACUCGCACAAAAAUACAAACGAAAACGAGCCUCAGCGUCGGGUAGCGAACUCGAGGAGAGAUUGAGUGCGAAAUUAGGCAAGCACAAAUCUGGUAGUAGAAAGCACAGUGAAAAAUCAAGAUUCCCAAAAAUGCGAGACGAUAGCGCUUCUAGUGUAGCACCCAUUCCUAGGAAAUCUUCUAGAAGUAGAUUCGAUUACAGUAACGAGAUUGUCAUAAACGGAAACACUGAAAUAAACAUCCACCAAUCCAGAGCGAUUUCCGUUGGUAGAGAAGUCGAAGAUAUUCCUAUAAAUCAACAAAUUCAUGAAAAAAUUGUAUCAAGCAGAAAUACUAAAGAAAGUUAUACGCGUCCAAAGAGUGCCAAGCAUGGAGUUAAAAUAAAAACGGUAAGAUCUGACUCCGACAGAAGUAGCACCAGUGGUUCAAGUAGAAAGUCAAGAAUGUCAAAUAAAAAGCUCGGUAAUCUCGAACUGAGGGAUCAAGCAACAAAUACUAUUGAAAAAAUGAAAGAUAGAGCUUCAUCUCUUAAUGUAUCGAAAACUGAUGCUGCAGUCCUAACAGAUGAAUAUUUGAUGGAUUUACCUAAAGAACAAAUCAUCAAACCAACCUUUCAGUCUUCUAGGAUGUCGGACACAAGUGAAGAUCUAGAAAAACAGCAAAACAUUAUAGUUGAAGCGUCAAUUCACGAACCUCCAAAGAAUUUUAGUGAUGAUGAAUUAAAACAGCCUUUGGAAAAUUUGGAAAUAUUACAUGAAUCUGAUACCAAACUUCCAGAUGAUCAGGUAGUAGAAGAAAGUAUAGAAAAUAGGAAAUCAGAGUCUUUAGAAAAUAUUAGCAAAAUUUCUAAUGAUAUGGACAAUACUGAGAAAAGUACAUCAGUAGAUAAAUCAGCAAAUAAAGAUGAGCAUGAGAAUAGUUCAAUAAAAGAAGAUAAUUCUCUGAUGAAUUCAUCGAAAGAGAUUGACGAUAAAACCAUAACAUCUGUUGAGGGAGAUAUUGAAACGAAAGAAAUAGUCGAAGGCAUACAAGAAAUAACGGUUAAGCAAAAAAAAGAAACUCUAACAAAUGAAGAGCCAGAAGUGGACGAAAAAAAUUCAAAAGAUGAAAAUAAUGAAGAAAAUGAACAAACCAAUAUUGCCAUAGAAAGAACUGACACAGCCUUCGACGAAGAAAGUCCAAGAGAUGGUCAAGAAGAAACAGCUUCAAGUGAGAGAUCUCGGAAACUGAAAAAUCUAAAAAGAAUUCUUUCUCAUGACACAUUUCUUCGAAAUCAGGAACCUUCAGAAGAUAGCCCCGAAAUGAACGAAGCAGCCAGAGAAGUAGCAAACGCUGCAAUUAGUCUGAUCAGUUUGAAUAUAGAACAAGAACUAUCACUCAAAAUUCAUGGUGAAGAUCAGACGGAUUUAGACAAAGCAGAAGUUCGUGAUCCAGAGCAAAGUGAUAGAACGGAGGAUGUAACUUCCAACACUGAUAUUUUUAAUACAGGUGACACUACAGUUAGGCAAAUAUCAGAAGAUCACUCUCACCAGGUAAAUAAUAAUGAAGAAGGAAAAGAAGGAAUAAGCAAUAAUGUGGGAGAUAUAUUGGAUAAGGCUUUCGGAGAAACAGUAGCUGAAGCUGAUCAAGAAGUGACGAAUUCUAUUUCGAAGGCAGGUAAACAGAUGAGAGAAUUAAGAAGACCAAGAGAUUCCUUAAUUAAAUCACCAACAGAAGAUUCGCCUGUAUCCUCACUCAGCGAAAAUAGAACACACAAAAGUUUCACAGUUCUUGACGAUAGAGAAGUGGUUGAAAAUAAAACAAGGAGGAGAAGUGAAAAAAAUAAGCUCAGUAAACAAAGGUCAAAAUCGGAAGAAAACGAAACAAAAGGUAAAAAUGAAACUUACAGAAAGAGUAAAAUUCCUACUGCAUUAGGAAAAACAAUGCUGUCCAAAAGUGAAAAGUAUCUAAACCGUAUCGAUAAAGAAAAUGUGGAACUCAAUCAUCGGAUUCCAUCACUUCCCGAAAUGAAUGAGUUAAACAACACUAUGAAUGAAACAUAUAGAUCCCGGUCUACAACAUCUGCUCGUAGGAGAGUUUCGAUAUAUAGUGAUGAAAAAGGGAGUGGCUCAGAAGAUGGCGAGGAAAAAACCAGAUUACCUUCCAGGAGAAGAAAAAUUAGAAAAAGAUCACAUCGUAGGGAUUCUAGAAGUGCUGGAAGUGAUUAUGAGAGUAGUAAUGUUAUAGACUCUGGGUUUGAGCCUAGUCCUAGGAGUGUGAGAGUGCCAAAAUGGAAAAAUAUGACUGAACGAGGAGUCAAUAUGACGUCUGUUACCCAAAGCAUACAGUCUAACAUAAGAAGAUACCACCUAGAAAGAAAAAUUUUUCAACACCUACUGGAACUGAAGAGAUUGCAGAUCCGAUCCGGCCAACACAACGAAGCCACUUUGGUCAAAAGAGCCAUCGAUGCCUACCACACAUCUUGCGCAUCUACUGUAGGAGCUGGCCGAUACAUUUCUAGGGACUUGUCUUUCAAGGCUUUUGAAAAGUUUCUAUACGAUUCAUUGAGGAAGUUGCAAAAGACUGAUGCCGAUUACUUGAAGGGGCUUCCAGAGGCACCAAAUAAUCCACUACUUUGCACCAGGAGUACGCACAGAUGCAUGCACGCUACGCAUGCUUAUACCGGUGUGCCAUGUGCAGCAUACUUACCGAAAUUGGAUCACCACACAAUACCUAAGAUUGGGUUCAACGAUUGCAAACCUGGAACCGGAGGAUUCCUUCCAAAUAUCAAUCCAAAGAAAUCGGUGACCCUUGAACUCUGCCACGGAAACGACAAACAAGUCAUAUCACUGCCUGCUGAUCGUCUGGAUCAGAACAAACGUUAUUAUGUGACAUUCACAGUGAAAGGAAAUGAGGACGAUGUCGAAGAAAAAGAAAUUGGUGUUACAGAAACUGCUCACAGACAUUCUAGAAGUGACUGAGGGAUUUUAAUGUCAUAAAUAUUCAACUGUUUAGAAAAAGUUUUAUUCUUGUUGUGUAAAGUAUUGUUGAAAAUAUCAUAUUUUA